AUGUUUCUUCCUCAGCCCUCUAGCUACGAUCUCGAAAGGCGGGCGACGGGCAAUAUCUCAAAGGAUAACCCCUCGACAAAGAUCCCCAUUAUUGUAGCCAUCUCCCUCCUCGCUGCUAUAAUCGUCGCCCUCUUUAUCUACUACUUCCUCCGAUCUCUCCGCUAUCGAAAUGUAGAGCCCAGGUUUAUCCCUACACAAUAUCUAAAGAACAAAUGGCGGAAUUGGCUGCCAAAGACAGCAUAUGGCCAGGUCCCGGACGUCAUCCCAGCAACGCGACAGGCUUGUUCGAACCGAUCACAGAAUACGUCUUAUCGGGGAGCCGGCGACGGUGGUGUGGAUCGUAACACCUCUAUCCGAUCAGUGAUGACGUUACCCAUGUACUCCCCGGUCCCGAAAGAAACCGAGCAAAUCAUCGGGAGGGAAGGCGAGCGGGCUGGCAUGGAUGUUGUAGUCGAGUUUCCUGAAUCAGUCGAUGAGGAGGAGGCCCGGAGGGAAGAGCAGAUGGAAUCAUUGUAUCAAAUCCGGCUGGCGAGAAGACAGGAAAUCGCAGACCGGGAGCGACGAAGGCAGGAACGGAGAGAAGCCCGAGAACGCGGCGACUGGGGCCGAUUAGAAGAGCUGCGGCGUGAAAGUCGAGCGCGGAACCGAAAUCGGAGUGACGGUAGUACCAGUCCAAGCGCAGCGGCGCUAAUUGCUGAACACCAGUCUCGUGGAAGGGAUAAGCGAGUAGCAAGUGUUACAUAUGCGGAAGUGGGCCAUGUUCGACACGAUGGUACCCGACUACGUGCAAGUUCCCAAGAAUCGGAUUCUCGGCCACUCCUUGAUGGCGCUUCAAGUAUGGGAACGAGCGGCAAUUCCUCGUUAACCAGCUUAUCUAGAGCACGUCAGCGCGCUACAUCGGGCUCCUCUCUCUUUUCAAACGCAACAAACCAAUCGGACCACGAUACCCCAAGGGGUUCCACCACUCCUGAGGCAGAUAUUGGGGACUCGAAUAUCCCCCAGCCGCCACAAUACGAUCAGUUAGACUGGGGUGAAGCGCCAGCUUAUCCGAGCCCAACUCUUGAAAGAGGGCAGGGACCCCAACUUCCUCCCGCGCUAGGAGUUCCUAGCAUCGAAAUAGAAUUGCCAACUCCAGGAACCAGUACCCCCGUCACCCCAGUGUCCCCGCUGCCACCCCCUCCUGAGCGAAACAUGGCCAGCCAAACGGGACCAUGA